AUUUGGUUAUUUUUAUGCUUUGAAAUCGAAAUAGUUUCAGAGGGUUGAUUUUCUGAUUUUGGGUGUUGGUUUGUUGUGUUCUGGUUUGGCGGUGGGGUGCUUUGGGAAGUUUGGAAGUUCCUCUCAAGGGUUUUGGUUUGUUUUCAUGUUCAGUUUGACUUGUGGGCAUCAUGGAAUUGUCGGAGAACUGUGAAUUUUGAGGUUUGGUGACGAGAUAUUUGAUCUUUGCUAGUUGCUCUUCGUUUGACUAGCUGGAUAGAACUAAGAUUCUAAGGUUCUCUUGUGUUUUAUUCUGGGGUUCUUCUGGUUUUCUUGCUGACAUAUGGUGGAACAAAAGAUGAACUGCAUGUUAUAUUAGUGGCUUUAAUUCUUAGACCUUAGUAGUUGUACUGUUAGUAUUGUAUUGUCUAUUGAUGAUUUCUGGCCUUAUCUUUACUUCAUGAGUAGGAGCUUUAUCAUUUCAGUUUCCGAGUAUUAUUACAGGGUUACUAAUAUCUUGAGGGCAAUUAUCUGCUAAAUUCAGUUUGCACUGGAGGUCGGCUGACCCGGAGGUUUCAGAAGUCUUUGGAUGAUUGGUUUUUGUGAUGAAGUUUGUGCUUACUUUGCACUUACGUUUGCUCCCGAUUUGGUUUUUUACCAGUGGGCUUGUCUUGAUUGCUUUUGUGCUGUGAAACUCUUAUGGACCAUUCUUCAUUGAUAGUAUAAAACCUCUGCCAUGGCUUACCCUUUUGGAUUUAGUUGGUCCUGUGGUUAGUUCAGGUUAGCUCAGACAAGUUUAGAGUAGAUUAGUAUGAGCUCCUAGGUUUAUUGCUUUUGUCUUGUUGAGUGUGUGCCUGGACUAGGUUCUAUGUCAUGCAUUCUGCAAUUCACUUCUGGAUCUUUUUUCUAUUGCGUAAGGAAGAAGUUCAUAUCAUCCUACCUUGUUUUAAUUAGGGAUGAGAAGGAACCAGCGGGAUGCCGAGUUUUGAUCCACAGUUACCUGUGAAUCAUGCACAUUCAAUAGAGGGCAGGCCUGCCAACUCUUAUAUUGUUUCGGACUUUGAGGCAUUUGAUCAAUCUUUUCCAUUUCGCUUAGCGAAUGCUAUUGAUCCGACGGCAAGCGUUUUCAGUUCAACUUUCUAACCUAUAUAACAUCUGGAAUGCCGAUACAGUUUCCAAUCUAGCGAAAGGAAGUGCUGGAAUAGCUUCCCUUGAUAAGGUAGAGUCUCAGAGGAGAUUGUGGGAGGAAAAGGGUCAAAGAUCGAGUGAAGUUUCUGUGUCUAGUCGAAACAUUGAGAAUUCAGCAGAAUCUGAUAUGGCUGAUACCAGUCCCAGGACAGACUCAGGGGAUGCUGACACUGAUGAGAAAAGUCAGAGGUUUGAUAGAGCUAUAUCGACAAAUCUUGCCGCUUCUGAUUCCAGUGAUAGAUCAAAAGAUAAAAUGGAUCAAAAGACACUACGUAGACUUGCUCAAAAUAGAGAAGCUGCAAGAAAAAGCCGGCUUAGGAAGAAAGCGUACGUGCAACAGCUGGAAAGUAGCCGGUUGAAGUUGACCCAAUUAGAACAGGAGCUUCAAAGAGCGCGUCAACAGGGGAUCUUUAUUUCAAGCUCAGGAGACCAAGCUCAUUCAAUGGGUGGAAACGGGGCCAUGGCAUUUGAUGUAGAGUAUGCACGAUGGCUGGAGGAGCAAAAUCGACAAAUGAAUGAGCUGCGAGCUGCAGUAAACUCUCAUGCAGGAGAUACAGAACUUCGCAUUAUCAUUGAUGGUAUAAUGGCUCACUAUGAUGAAAUUUUUAGGCUGAAGAGCAAUGCAGCCAAGGCUGAUGUUUUCCAUUUGCUGUCUGGCAUGUGGAAGACGCCUGCUGAGAGGUGUUUUCUGUGGCUUGGCGGCUUCCGUUCAUCUGAACUCCUAAAGCUUUUAGUGAAUCAGUUGGAGCCUUUGACGGAGCAGCAGUUGGUGGGCAUUACAAACUUGCAGCAAUCGUCUCAACAGGCUGAAGACGCUUUAUCACAAGGGAUGGAGGCAUUGCAGCAAUCCCUAGCUGAAACAUUAUCCAGCGGUUCUCCUGGCUCCUCCGGCACAUCAGGAAAUGUGGCAAACUACAUGGGUCAGAUGGCCAUGGCCAUGGGAAAGCUUGGGACCCUCGAGGGGUUCAUCCGCCAGGCUGACAACUUAAGGCAGCAGACACUACAACAGAUGCACAGAAUAUUAACAACCCGCCAGUCAGCCAGGGCACUGCUGGCAAUCCAUGAUUACUUCUCUCGAUUACGAGCUCUUAGUUCCCUUUGGCUUGCCAGACCAAGAGAAUAGAUGAAUCUGAUUACUUAGAAAUGAAACACAUCUUCAAGAGAGAAGUUGGAACCACAUUGAGGCAGUAAAUUGAUGAAUGAUAUGACGGAACAUGGGCCUUUUCUAGGGGUUUGUUGUAAUUCUUUCUUGUGAUAUAUAUCUCUCCUCUCCUGAUCCCUUUGAGCCUUCUCAGGUUUGUAAUUUUGUACGAUAGACUUCGUAUCCUAUCAAACAUUAGUCUCCUGAUAGAAUUGUGCAAAGAGUAGAAAAGAGAACAACUUGUUUGUAGCCAUGUCACCAAUUAGUUAAGAUGUACGCUAACAAUCAAUUUCCUUCAUGUUGAUAAUUUUUUUUGGUUGAGGCUCUCUUAUUAUUCCU